AUGGUUCUCGAACGGUUGAAGCAGCUCGCUGGCCAAGUGACCAACGUCGUGUCUCCGCCACAUCCUUUGGACCCGCUCUCUUCACUUGAGAUCGAGAAUGCCACAUCGUUGUUGCGGAAGGAAAAGGGACAGCUCUAUUACAAUGCUGUCUCCUUACUCGAGCCUCCCAAGGCUCAAAUGUUGCCGUGGCUGACUGAUCCAGAGCACAAUCAGCGACCUGCAAGAAUAGCUGAUAUUGUAGCAAUUACACCUGAUGGCAACGUUAUGGAUGGUCAUAUAUCCUUGAGUGAGAACAAGAUCCUGAAGUGGGAGCAUACGCCAAAUGUGCAACCUCUUAUCACGAUGGAGGAUCUCCAGAUAGUCGAGCACGUCGUUCGAAAGGAUCCCAAGGUCAUUGAACAAUGUGGCAUACUUGGAAUUCCUCCUGAGGAUAUGAACAAAGUUUACUGUGACCCGUGGACGAUCGGAUUUGAUGAGCGCUUUGGCAACUCAGUCCGGCUUCAGCAAGCGCUGAUGUACUAUCGACCACAUGUCGACAAUUCUCAAUACACAUAUCCACUAGAUUUUUGUCCGAUCUACGACUCCAACAAGCAGGCGAUUGUUCAUAUCGAUGUGCCAAAAGUCAGGAGGCCACUCAGCAAAGCACCGCCGAAUGAUUACACGGUGAAGUCUAUCGAGGAGACGAUCGGCUAUCGUACAGAUCUCAAACCAAUCAAUAUUACUCAGCCAGAAGGUGUUUCGUUCACUGUCAAGGGAAGGACGAUUGAGUGGCAGAAUUGGUCGGUUCAUAUUGGCUUCAAUUAUCGAGAGGGUAUUGUGCUGAACAAUAUCACGUACUUCGACAAAGCAGAAAAUGCCGUACGACCUAUCUUCUACAGACUUUCCCUUGCCGAGAUGGUGGUACCAUAUGGCAACCCCGAACGUCCUCAUCAUCGUAAGCACGCAUUUGAUCUAGGCGAAUACGGCGGUGGAUAUAUGACAAAUUCGCUUAGUGUUGGUUGUGAUUGCAAAGGCAGCAUUCACUAUAUGGACGCCGAAUUCGUCAACAGGGCAGGUGCAGCCCAGGUUAUCAAGAAUGCAAUUUGUGUUCACGAAGAAGACGCUGGUAUCUUGUUCAAGCACACCGAUUUCCGAGAUGAUUCAGUCGUCGUUACUCGAGGGCGAAAGUUGAUAAUCAGCCACAUCUUCACGGCUGCCAACUACGAAUAUUGUGUCUACUGGAUCUUCCAUCAAGAUGGUACUGUUCAACUAGAGAUCAAACUUACUGGUAUCCUGAACACGUACUCGAUGAAUCCUGGCGAGGACACCAACGGCUGGGGAACAGAAGUUUAUCCUGGUGUGAAUGCACAUAAUCAUCAGCAUCUUUUCUGCUUACGGAUCGACCCCAAUAUCGACGGGCCCAACAACACUAUCAUCCAGGUUGACGCAGCACAAGGUCCUGGCGAAGUGGGAUCAGAAGAAAACUAUUACGGCAAUGCCUUUUACGCCAAGAAGACAAGAUUCACAAAUCCAGUCGAAGCUAUGUCGGAUUAUGAUGGCAGUACAAGCAGGACGUGGGAAAUGUGUAACGAGAAUAAGUUGAACCCUUACUCGAGGAAACCAGUCAGCUACAAGCUCGUUAGCAGAGAAGUACCGGCCCUGCUACCUAAGAAGGGCUCCCUUGUCUGGAAGCGAGCAGGUUUCGCUCGGCACGCUGUCCAUGUUACAAAAUACUCCGAUGACCAGCUCUAUCCAGCAGGACGUCAUGUGCCACAAACCUCUGGAGAGCCUUCGCAAGGUCUACCGCAAUGGAUCGAGGCCAACACGACUGAAAACAUUGCGAACACCGACGUCGUCCUCUGGCACACCUUUGGCAUUACCCACUUUCCUUCUCCGGAAGACUUCCCAGUCAUGCCAGCUGAGCCAAUGACGCUGUUGCUUAGACCGAGAAACUUCUUUGUCAGAAAUCCAUGCUUGGAUGUACCACCAAGCUAUGCUCGCACACCGGCAGAAGUAGCGGCUGGUAGCAGCGGUUGUGCUCACGGCAAGGACAACACUUCCAAGACGGUGUGA